UUCAAAUAGCAGCGGGAACGCGUAUAGUUACAGCUACAUUCUCCUUUAGCUUUCCUUCUCUCUAUCGGUGCGUCUUGAGUUUGUUCUUCUCGAGAUCUGUGCCUCCGUGUUUCUUCUUCGUUCGAAACUUUUGUUCCGGAGGUUUUAUCGAUUCGCUCAGAUAUGGCGCCACCCAUUGAGAUUGCUGCUACCAAAACUUAUGCUGAGAAACAGGCUUCACUUCCUCUGCUUAACGAAAGGAUUCUUUCGUCCAUGACCCAUAGAUCAGUUGCUGCACACCCAUGGCAUGAUCUUGAGAUAGGACCUGAAGCUCCAAUAAUCUUCAACUGUGUGGUUGAGAUAGGAAAGGGGAGCAAGGUGAAGUAUGAACUCGACAAAACUACGGGUCUCAUCAAGGUUGACCGUAUUCUUUACUCGUCUGUCGUGUACCCACACAACUAUGGGUUCAUUCCGCGUACCCUUUGUGAGGACAAUGACCCUAUUGAUGUUCUUGUCAUUAUGCAGGAACCGGUGAUCCCAGGAUGCUUUCUCCGGGCCAAAGCUAUUGGUCUUAUGCCAAUGAUUGAUCAGGGUGAGAAAGACGACAAGAUCAUUGCUGUGUGCGCUGACGAUCCAGAGUAUCGCCAUUACAAUGACAUCAAGGAGCUUCCUCCUCAUCGUCUGGCUGAGAUCCGCCGUUUCUUUGAAGACUAUAAGAAAAACGAGAACAAAGAAGUAGCCGUUAACGACUUCCUUCCAGCAACCGCAGCCUACGAAGCAGUUCAGCAUUCCAUGGAUCUCUAUGCGGAUUACGUCAUGGAAACCUUGAGACGGUGAUCUCUUUCACCACCCAAGCAAGCAAUAAAGAAAGAACGUGUGCAACUGCACUUUCACAUUGUGUUUUGCUUGGCAAAUGUGAAGUGUAUACAAGAGUAUAAAUACUUACAUAUAAUAUGUUAGGAUUCUCAUUGGAUAUGUCCUUUUUGUUGAAUCCAGUAGAUGAUGCCGAAAAAACAAAUUCAAUGAAACUAAGAACGUUGGUAUUCUUUUACCCAUUUUGUUUCUUCUUCA